CUGGCUGAAUGUGAAGAUUAUUUAUGGCCGGCUGAAAAGGUUUGUCCAUGAAGCCCAAUUUUUCUCUCCACCUUGUUUACUCUGACGUCAUUCACAUGCGCCGCUCACAUGUUCGCAACCUGGAAGCGACUUCUUCAAGUGAGGUGAUGCUGGAGUCAGAAGAUACAGAGUAGAGCAGCAGACUGAAAUGGCCCAUAUUCACUCAGAUGUGUGUGAAAUGCAGCUGAAUGGAGUUUCUGAGGGGAUAGAUCUGCUUCAGAUAGACGUGGAGACUGAUGUGGUGGAAGACAGGCCAGGCAGAGAAGAUGCAUCAUUUUCAAGGAAUGUGUUGAGGAAGCAGCGAAACUGGGAGAGGCAGCUGGCAGCGAAGAAAAGCAAGAGGAAAGAAGAGAAGCAGAGGAGGAAGCUCCACCGUGAGCAGGAGUCGGGGGCUGGAGCAGAUAAUCCUCAGUUUACCAAACGGGUCAUGAAAGCAAUCACCAAAGAGCGUUUAGCUGAGGCUCAGUCCACAGGGCUCAAACUCUGUGUCGACCUGAGUAUGACGGACAGCAUGUCGGACAAGGAGAUAAGUCGACUGGCUGGCCAGCUGAGGAGGCUGUACGGGUCGAACAAGAAGGCGGUACGACCGUUUCACAUUUUCCUGACAGACCUGAGAGAAGACAGUCGUGUCUACAGAGAGUGCCUUCGAAUGAACGAUGGCUUCCUCAACUACAUGAUGGACAUAACAGAAGACAGCUGUCUGAACCUUUUUCCUCCUGAAACUAUCGUCUACCUCACACCAGAUGCUGAAGAAGCUUUAGAAACAGUAGAUGCUGACAAAGUGUAUGUCCUCGGGGGCCUUGUGGAUGAAAGCAUCCAGAAGAAGUUGAGUUUCUCGAGGGCCAGAGACCUGAGCGUUCAGACGGCGAGGCUGCCCAUAGAUGAGUACAUGGUGAAGAAAGACAACAUUAAGAACUUCCACUCAAAGAUCCUGGCUGUUAAUCAAGUGUUUGACAUCCUGGUGACUUUCUGCAACACUGGCAGCUGGACAGAAGCUCUGCAGGCGUGGUUCCCCCAGGGCAAGGGUUAUGUUGUUGCACAAGGUGAUUCCCUACAGCUUCCUUUCUCUCCAACGCAAACGUAACACAUGGAUUGAUAUGGGUUAAUUUUCAUUUAUACUUCAUAUAGAACUCUUCGGGUCAUCUCUUUCCAUGUUAACAACCUGAUACGUUGAUACAAUGUGAUAAAUUCCUGGUUAUGGAGACAUAGCACACUGUUGUUUAACAUUUCUCUGUUUUGUUUACAUUAAAACCUACAAAACGUCAUAUUUUGACUUUGAAGGAAUUCAACAAAACAGGAACUUUCUCAGGGGUCUUUUUUGUGAGCUCAUUUGUUUUUAUUAUAGUUCACAAAUCCCUAAGGUUUUGUAAGUAAAAUGACAAAGCCAUAAAUGUCUUUACGAUAUCAAAUUACUUCAUUUGUUUUAGCUCGGUCUCCCUGCAGAGAAUGUAUUCUUGAGAUUUUGUACAUAAAAUCUUAAUACAAACAUAUCUUAGUGUUGGUGUUAAAUGAUAUUGUACAGGCACAUAGGAAGCAUUUCAUUUAAAUCAAACCAGUGGUGUCUGAGAUUUUAAAUCUGAUUUUCAGAACUGUUCCAGGUAUUUUUUUCUCUUGUUUUAUUAUUGUUUUUUUUUUUUUGAUCGAUCUCUUUUCUGAAAGCUAACACUACUGCCUGAUUUCCAAAGGAUUUGGGUUCAUCUAACUGGCCAGAAAGGAGGGAGAAUUGUUGGUCAAGGCAAAAGCCUACAUGUUUAUUAAUUAUUAUUAUUGUUUGAAUGAUCAAAUUUCCAGUUAAGUUAGAAGGAUUUCUGAGAGAGGCGGUCAAAUGUCAAAGCACAUCUGGGUUCCAGCUAGUUGGGAGUUUUUGUGUUUUCAUUGAGCAGAAUAUCUUGUUGACUAAGUAUCUGGGGGAGAGUUUUUUGUCCCACUUUGGAUGUGUUUAUCUGUGAGGCAGCCAUUUUAAAGGGAUAAUCAAAAAGGUCAGAUGCUUUCCACAGUAUUCACAUUUAGAGAAUUGUAUUAUCUCCCAAUUCUAUCAAUCCCAAAAUACAUUUACAGCAGCAUACUUAACAAACAAACACAAUAACACUCCACUCACUUCCUGCUGACUUUGGGACAGUCAACAGCAAGUGGUUUGUGAAGGAUCUGGAUCAUAACCCCAGCAAAAUCUUGGAUCCAGCUCCCACUUUUCAGUUGAUCAUGUUUUAUAAGCCUCACUGCACAGAAAUCAUUAUAAAAGGCAUCACAAAGGUAUAGUCUCCCACGAUGUAGAGAGGAAAGUUGACACUCUACCUUCAACGUUUGUGCUCUUUGGCAGUUAGAGCAACCGCUUAACCUGUGUGUUAAAUUUUCACCGACAAUCAGACUGAAGUACUUGUACCGCCCUUAUUGUUUGUUAUUAUGUAUUUACAACGGAUGGAUUUUCAUGUGACACCUGAUAUCUCUAGCCUGUAAUAUUGCUUCACUCGAGACUUUGGCAGUCUGUGAAGGUUUUUAUGUGACCUGACAUUACCAAUUACAUUAUAACUCCAAAUGACGAAGCUCCACUUGUCUGAACAUGUAGCUUAUGACAAAGUUUACAGGAAUUAACGUCACAUCAGUGUGUUUGCCCCCCCACAGCUGUGGGAAAAUGUCAAAUCAGGCAAAAGAGAAGCUUAUUAAUAUACUAUGCAUUACAAUGCUCUAGUCUACAUUUUAGUUUUUAUCAGAGAUAUUCUUUCUUAUAAACUGAAACAAGAUAUUGUCAAGCCCUCUCAUACAAUAAUAGGCUGUUUUGCCAGUCCGAUACGUAGACUGGGGUGUACUUGUGGGACUUGUCCCUCCCUUAAUAGUGCCACUAUCAACAGCAUCACCAUGUCCAGAUAAGCACUGCAUACCCAUUCAGCUACUCAUCAAUCUGACCUGGGGAGAUUUUCACAACUUGCCAGACAGGGGCUAUUGUUUUCUGUUGGAAGAACUUAACAGAGUCGUUCUGUUGCCUAAACUGAGAACUGGCAAUUACAAUGGUUGUUCUCUAGAAAUCUCCCACCGUGCAGCUGGUCCAUAUCCAAGUUUGCCUGGAUCUGAAUCCACCCACUCCACCGAGUGGAUGAUAUCAGGCAAGAUAUAAGCUAUUAGGCUUAGAGAAACAGCACAGCAUGAUGCAGUAUUUGCACCAGCCAUGAAGCAGCACAAAAAGCAAGCACUAAUCCCCAACAAAAUCUAAACAUGUCAGCAAAAUCAGGCAGGCAAAACACUCUUAUUCGGAAAUGCUCCCUGUGGGAUAUGUAGCUGUGCAGAUUAUGGAACCAAAGCGGAUCACAGAGAGCUGUGAAGAAGGUAGAAGCACAAAAAGGACAUAUUAAAAACAUUAAUUAAUGUGGAGCAGGAUAAACGGUACGCUGCUGAAAUGUUUCUAGGCUUCCAGUGGAAAUUGACCCUGUUUUGUUGACGUCUGGACUGGGUCUGUGCUGGUACUGGCUGAGGCUGGAUUUGGAUCAACUGUAUCAACUGAUGAUGCAGCAUCUACUCUACUGACAAACUUCAGCAUAGCCCCUGUAAAUUAAAAAUAACAAUACUUGCUAGAUAUUAAUGUCAUCAGCUGCAUUGGGCCCAUUCAGACUAGCUCCCCAGGUUUACUUCAAAGGGAAAAUACUAUUUAUACCAUAGUAUAAUUGUAUAGUUUUGUAAUUUAAAUAAUAAAUAUAUAUGAUUCUUGA